CACAAAAAGUCUACACCUUCGACGCGCUUUCUCACAUAUGCAGCCAUGUCGUCGUCAAACGAACCAUUCUAUCUGCGGUACUACUCCGGCCACAUGGGCCGUUUUGGUCACGAAUUCCUAGAGUUCGACUUCCGGGUUGUUGGAGAUGGUCGCAGUGCGGUAGCCAGAUACGCCAACAACUCCAAUUACCGAAACGAUAGCUUGAUUCGAAAAGAGAUGUGUGUAAGCUCCGUUAUCGUUGAUGAAAUCAAGCGCAUCAUCAAGACAAGCGAGAUUACGAAAGAAGAUGAUUCAAAAUGGCCGCAGAAAAAUAAAGACGGUCGUCAGGAGCUGGAGAUCCGGAUUGGUAACGAUCACAUUGCAUUUGAGACCGCCAAGAUUGGAUCCUUAGUCGAUGUCACAGAAUCCGCCGAUCCCGAAGGGCUGCGAGUAUUCUACUACCUCGUCCAGGAUUUGAAGGCCCUGGUUUUCAGUCUCAUCGCUUUGCACUUCAAGAUCAAGCCUAUCUAAACGACAAAGAAGGCGACAAGGAAUGAGUCGUGGCAUUGGCCGCUCAAAACGGUCAAGCACAUAGUAGCGAGACUUAUAAAGGCGAUAAUGACGCAUCUGGUAUUUAUGAACGAUACCCAGCUGUCAAAGAGUGGCACGGAACGCUAUCGCCAACACUGAGCGUGUACUCUACAUAUUACGAAUUAAGGAAGCAUGCUUGUAAAAAAAGGGA